CAAGAACGCAGGCAUACCUAAGGCCUCCAAGGAGAAGACGACAUCACGUCAAGCCACAGCAUGGAUGAAGAUGGGCUUGAAGCGAUGGAGGAAUUCGUAUCCGGGCCCUUGGUCACCUGGAUGCAGACGUUUGAAGAUCUGGUGGGCAGGAGCACCAACCAACUUCCCCAGGGGGAGGAAGAGGCGAACGAAUAUUUCCGAAAACUGGUGAAUGGAGACUUCCUGAACCGAAUCAUGCAAAUGAUUGACUUAAUUCCUAGCGGCCCUCCAUCUCCUUGGAGAGAUGACAACAGGGAGGAAGAGAGAUUGCAGACGCUUCAAAUAGUCUUCCAAAGGCUGCAGAAUUUCUACAGGGACGAGCUCCACCAGGUGAUCCUUUCCCCACCUCCAAACCUCCAUGUUAUGGUCAGAGAGCCCUUCACAGCGCAGGCCAUUCAGGAGAUGAAGAAAUUGGUGCAGCUUUUGCUAGGAAGUGCCGUUCAGUGUGAACAGCGAGACGUGUUCAUUGGCCGCAUCCAGUCGCUGGACAUUAGUGUACAAGCUGCUUUGGCUUCUGCUAUCAAAGAGGUCAGCCAGGAACCGGAAAAUGUCCUGGGGCUGCAGUGGAGUGAGAUGGACCCACCCAGCAUGCAACAGCUCCUGUGGGAUCUGGGGUCCCGAGUUCAAAAGCUGGUCGCUGAGAGAGAUGCAGGGUUGGAGCAAUUGUGGGAGCUGCAGCAGAAACAGGGACCCUCCCUGGUGGCCCAGUUGGAGACUAACCAGCCCCACCUUGGGGUUCAGCUUGCCGAACGUCAGGCCCAUGUGCGGCGUCUACAAGGCGAGCUGGAGAGGAAGAUGGAGGAGCUGCUGGACCAGCAAGAGGAAUCCAGGAAUUUGGAGCAACAAGUGCGAAAGAUUCAACAGGAGAACCGCACGCUGGCAAGUGAGGCGCGCCAAGCCAGGCUAUACCAGGACGAAUUGGACGCCUUGAGAGAGAAGGCAUUCCGCGCAGAGAGGCUCCAGUCGGAGCUGACGGCCCUGCGGGAAAGGAUACCAGCCUUGGAACGAUGCCGGGCGCAACUCAAGGAGGAACGAGACUUCUCCAAGGCCCUGUUGGAGGCCAAAGCCUUGAUGGAGGAAGAACUAGAGGCCACUUACGCCCGAGGGCAGCGCCUGAGCCAAGCCGAGAAGGAAAACCUGCGCCUGCAGAACCACUUGAAUCAGGUCCAAGAGGAACUGGAGCAGUGUUCUUACCAAUCGGAGGAACUUUUGAGGGAGAAUUCGCUCCUGAAGAAGGAGCUGCGAGAAACUUUGAAAAAUUCCCCGAGGAAAUCGUGGUCCGAAGACUCUCGCUGGGAUGCAAACGAAUUCCCUGAAGUGCCCCUUUUGCUGGACUGUGAGAUGAAGGAGGCCGAUCGAUUGUCAGCCCUAGAGAAGGAGAACGGGGAACGGCGUAGGAUGCAGCUUGCGUCGGGAUUGAAGAGUACGGAAGCACAGCUGAAGGACGCCAACCUUGAUGGGCUGCCAGAACGGCGGCCCAGCCACGCAGAAGACGGGAACACAGAUGUUCAAGAACACAAACCAAGGAUUUUGGCGCACCAAAAGACCGAAACGGAGGAAGGCCAGGCUCCAAAGCAGGAAUCGGAGACCUCCGUAGCUGAAAUGAAGGCUGCCUUGUCCAGAGCUCAGGCUCGCCUGCGGGAGUCUGAGCAGACGCGGGAGGCCGAAUCAAGACACGCGGCGAGUCUCGCGGAGCAGCUGAGGAGCAUCCAAGGAGCGUACGGAGAAGCCCAGGAGGAAUGUGAGCGGUGGCACUCGGAGUCGACGCGCCUGGUGGAAGAGAUCCAGGCUCUGGAGCGGGAGAAGGAGACGUUAAAAGCCGGAUCGCGGGUUCUGCAAGAGGCAGCCACCCAAGCUGAGGUCGACUCGAAGCGGGCGCAGCAAAGUCUUCAGAAGGAAUGUCUUCGAGGCGCCCAGCUCGCCCAGAAACUCCAAGGAAAGGAGGAAGAGCUGGCCGAAGCUCAGCAGGAGCUCCAGAACCUGCAACGGAGCGUGGAACGACACAGGGUCACCUCGGCUCAGCUGCAGGCUGAGAAAGGGGCUUUGGAAGAGGCGCUGAGUGAAGCGGAGAGCGGCCGGCGGCAAGCGGACAAGGACAGCCGGCGGCUGAAGGCCCAAACUCAGGUGCAAGAGGAGGCGCUGGCUGAGCAGGGACGCCACCUGGCCCACCUGGAGGCUGAAACGCGCAGGCAGGCCGCCGAGCUCAGCAGCCUACAAGAGGUUCUCCAAAGUCUCGGGGAACUGGAAGAGGAGAACGCGAAGUUGAGGAAGCAACUGGAGGACAAGGAAAAAGCCAUCACCGUGCUGGAGCAGGAGCUGGCGAGAGAGAAGGCUGGGCCCUCCAAAGACAAUGCAGCCGAGUUACGAGACCACCCACCGAAGGAGCAGCAAAAACCUCAGCCAGAGACGAAGAGCAGGUCAGGCUGGAGGGCCCAGCGCAGGAGGGGUUUUGCCAGGCGCUGGGGAUCCAAGCCAAGGCAAGGAACGGUUCCAAAGGCCAGCCAGAGAGCGCCCCCGUCGGGCGGAUCGAGGAACUGCACCUCCCUAAGGAGCAACCGGUUCAAACUCAGGGAGAGGAAGAUGGAGGAGCUGCUGGACCAGCAAGAGGAAUCCAGGAAUUUGGAGCAACAAGUGCGAAAGAUUCAACAGGAGAACCGCACGCUGGCAAGUGAGGCGCGCCAAGCCAGGCUAUACCAGGACGAAUUGGACGCCUUGAGAGAGAAGGCAUUCCGCGCAGAGAGGCUCCAGUCGGAGCUGACGGCCCUGCGGGAAAGGAUACCAGCCUUGGAACGAUGCCGGGCGCAACUCAAGGAGGAACGAGACUUCUCCAAGGCCCUGUUGGAGGCCAAAGCCUUGAUGGAGGAAGAACUAGAGGCCGCUUACGCCCGAGGGCAGCGCCUGAGCCAAGCCGAGAAGGAAAACCUGCGCCUGCAGAACCACUUGAAUCAGAUCCAAGAGCACUUCUCCGUCCCCCUUUCGUACUUCGGAAACUCAGUUAAGGAGGUUCCCCGCAUGCCCAGCUCACUGUCUCUUCUCCGCAAAGCAAGCAGCCACGGCAGCCUCCCGGAGAGCCCGCCAGUCCACUUCCGCCGUUGCCGUCUGAGUUCCCGGAUGCCGGUGGCGGAACCUUCGGGGUCCGGGGACGAAGAGGGCCAGGACACCCCAAGACAGCGUUUUCGGCAACGCCGACUGGGCGUGCUGUGGGGGUCCCUGGAAGAGUCUGCGGCUCCCGCGAGAGAGUCAGGACCCCCAAGCCAAUUGCCCACAACCAGCGAGGAGGAAAGAGGACAGCCGCCGGGCGAGGAGGAUCAAACUUCAACUUGCCUCUUGUGAUAUUGUGAUGUUUCCCUUCCCACCUACAAGCCACGAACGCCAAAGUCACAACCCGGCUCGCAAAGGCGCACACGAGCGACCAAGGAAAGUCCCGUUUCCUGAAAGAUAUGUGAAAACCCCACGUAAAAACGACAAGGCUGGGGUGGGAGUGCCCAUGAGUUGCUGGAAUCUACUGGAUCCUUUUUACUCUCACAACCAACCAAUCAAACCCCCCUUUCAACCCCCUUCUGAAACUUAUUUUUUUCAGCUCAUUGGGGCUUCCUUCUUGUGGCAAGGAGUUUCAAAGGCUGGUAAUCAACCAAAUUUUUUUUUUGCUGCCUCAGUGCAAAUCUUGCCUGUGGCAAGAUGGGAGAG